AUGAUAGAAUAUAUCUUGCUGGUGGUAGACAGGCAUACAAGUAUUUUUGCUACAAACACGUUUAUUCGUCGUUCUUUUCUUCCUAUUUUAUUCGCUUUAUUAUUUUCUCAAUAUGUAAAUUCAUGUAAAAAUUUUCUUGCCCAAUAUUGUAUUGAUAUUGCCAUCGGAUCUGAUUCCAUAUCAAACAUAAAAUGUGUUCAACUUGUUCCCGUUGAAUUAGAUCCAUCAUUUAUCUAUCCGGUAGAAAAUUAUAUUGUUAAAAAAGGUUAUACAUGCUAUGAUAUUUUUACAUUUGAUUCACCAGCAACAACAAUUUUUUCUAAUGAAUGUCGUGAACAAUGUCCGGAAGAGUAUUGUCUUCUGUUUGAUAAUCAAUCCAAUAGAUCGAUUAGAAAUAUAUUUUAUCCAGAAUCAUCGGACGAUCAACUAUUUAAUCUUGAAAUUAAUAGUAGUUCAUCCUAUGAUUAUCUCCUAUUUGACAAGUGUAGCGCAAGCAAUCGUACUAAUCAAAUAUUACUUAUCGUUGUUUGUGUACUUGUUGGUUUUAUUGUUGUAUUAACAAUAGCCAUUGUUUUCAAAUAUGUAAUCAGCGCUAGAUACAGAAGACGACCUGAAGAAUAUGAACCAUACAAUUGGCGAUGGUUGGUUGAUUUGUUUUUGUGUCGAACUUCGGAAAACAAAUCGAUAUCGAAUAGACACGAGAGAAAUAUCAAUAAUUCAGAGGUAUUCGAUCAUUCUAUUCAGGGGAACAUUGACGAACAAGAAUCUUAUUCAAGAAACAAGUCUAUUAAUACAAUGCCACCAUAUACGAUCAGUGACGGUAGUUCGAAUGACACGCGAGAACGAUACAACAAUAACAGUCAUUCAACAACUGACCAUAGCUCGGAGGAACCUACUCUUGCUGUUUCACCUAUGACAAUUAGGUUAAAUGCAGUUAUUCGUAACGAUGAAGCAUCCAUUUAUGUUGAAAAGGAUGACGAUAUUAAUGAUUUUCCAGAAACAACUGAAAAUCAUUAUCAUUCGUCAUUACCAGUUCUAAUUCAAAAAUUAUCAUCUGGAGCUCAUCAAACUGUAUCAUUUCAUUAUCAUGCAGAAGGAUAUCACAAAUUGGAUAAAGAUUCAUCUAUAGAAAUUAUUACUACCAGACACUAA